AAGGGACUUGUCAGGAUGCUUUAGAAAGAGAAAAGGAAGAGAGGGAUGAGGAACCAUGGCAGCUCUGGUUGCUGUUUGCAGCGGUCUGGGGAGGAAAAAGACCACCUUCGUCAGGGUUGCUGCCUGCCUCACAGAUCCCGGGACUCACGCGGUGCUGUGGAGAAGUUGCUCACAAUAUAAACAGAUAACCAGCAAUGAGGACCUGCCCAUUCCAAUGGAAAAUCCUUAUAAGGAGCCUCUUAAAAAAUGUAUCUUGUGUGGAAAACGUGUAGAUUAUAAGAAUGUACAGCUUUUGUCCCAGUUUAUUUCUCCAUUUACUGGAUGCAUUUAUGGGAGGCACAUAACAGGUCUUUGUGGGAAGAAACAAAAAGAAAUCACAAAAGCGAUUAAGAGAGCUCAAAUAAUGGGGUUUAUGCCAGUUACAUACAAGGAUCCUGCAUAUCUCAAAGACCCUAAAGUCUGUAACAUCAAAUAUCGGGAGUAAAUUAUAUAAGGUUAUCAUCAAUAAACUUAUUUUACAAAUG